CGUCCUGUGGUGCCAGUUCGGCAGCGCGCAACCGUGGUAGGGCCUGCAACCUGCUGGGAUACGGCGACCGAUUCACAGAGGGCGCCGCCGCGGCGCAGAAAAGCGGCGGCGACUCGUCGGAGGCGGACUACGGCAUGUUCGUCGACACGGCGGCGGGCGGGAACGGUCGUCGUCGUUACACCGCGCCCACUGCCGUCGACGGCUGGGGAGCACCCGUCGCCGCCGGCGCCCACUGGGGGGCGCCGGAGGGCGGGCGAGCGCCGAGCAUCGAGUACUGGCAGGGCGUGCCGGGCGAGAAGGCGGUCGGUGGCGCCCCCACGCCGGCGGCCUGGCCGACGAACAAACAGGGGAUCGGGAUGUGGGACAAUGCGACGGGCGCGCAGACGCCGGCGCCCCCGCGUGACGGUGGAGGGAAUGCGGAGCAGCGGGAGGAGGAGAGAGGAGGAGGAGGAGGGUUUCCCGGACAGAUGCAGGACAGCAGGAGGGCCAUUCCUGGCAAGAACGCCAACUCGCGCUACGGCCCCGCCUUCACAGGCGACCCCUCGCAGAGAGGUCACGGAGUCGGGGUCGUUGCCGGGGGCGAUGAGAGGUCGGCUGUUGCCGCGCUCGCCGUGUCGCUGAGGGAGAAGGAGGAGGAGCUGGGACGCGCGCGCGCACGCGCCGAGACAUUGCACCGGGAGCUGCACCGCAUGCGCCACGAGAUGAGCCAGACGGACUUCCUCACAAAGGACGAGGUCCAGCGACUCACCUCGUACCGCGACGCCGCGCGUCUCGACUACCAUGCCGCGCUCCGUUUCUUCGUUGACGACGUCGCUCGCCUGCCACUCGACCGUCGCCACGGCGACCUGCGGGAGGCUGCGUCGCUGCUGGAGACGACCCACGCUCGGCACCUCGACGGCGAGACGGUGAUCCAGGAGGCGCUACCGGUCGCGCUCGAUGCGUACGCGUGGUGGAAGGCGUGCAAGGUGACCGAAGUUAGAACUGCUAGAGCAGCGUUGAUCGCACCCUACGCACAACUCCAGGGGGCGCUGGAAACAGUACAGACGUGCCUGUCGCCAGGGGGCGCCACCAUGGAGGGCUGCGAGAUGCCCGCCGACCUUCACGUGAUGCUGGGAAACUACGGCGUCGCUCUGCAGACGGAGAUCGAGAAAGCAGACGUGGUGAACGGGGCGGGCGGCUCGAUCGUGGCUUCUCUCUCCGCGCUGCUCCACCGCGAGCUGAUGACGGAGAUCGCGUCGAUCGAGAAGCUGCGCACGCUGAGCGGCGAGUGUGCAGACGUCGCCGACUCCCUGAAGGUAACCACGGCAACCGCGCGGCGCAUUACGUAACGUCGCUCGCCCGCCGUAUUGGUCGGGUAAGGGUCCCGUUGUUCGGAAGGGGGUUAACAGGGAUGUUGGCGACUUGACAAUUGGAUGCUCUGUUGUUUUCUCUCGUCGCAGCUUAAUAAUUCGAUGCUCUUUAUGUAUUCGUCUUGUUGCAACUUGGUUAUACAAUGCUCUAUUUUCUUCUCGUGUCGCGGCUCAAGUAAUUCUUAAUUCAUUCCUCCUCUUGUCCUUUUUCUUCCUUAUCAGUCUCUAUUCUUUGUCUAUGCAGCUGGAUUUAUCGAUGUUCUAUUCCUUGAUUUACGAUCCUCAUGUUCCUUUUUCGUCUCGUUAGCUUAUUUUUAUCUUCUUAAUCGUCGUCAUCGUCGUCGAU